UCGAUGGAUGUUGUAUGCAGCGGAGUUGUUGUUCUCAUGAUACUGGGUAUUGCACCAGUUCCAGUAGCGAUAGCAGGAACAGAGUCUGCUGUGAAUUUAGAAGCUGAAGCACUGCUCGAGAGUGGCUGGUGGGGAGUCAAUACUACUGCAAGAAACGUCUCUGCCCAUUGCCAGUGGCCUGGUAUCAUUUGCAACGAUGCUGGUAGUGUCACCGAAAUACUGCUUCCGAACUACGGGAUCCUAGAUGACUUGACAAAUUUCAGCUUCUCUUCUUUUCCGAACCUGGUCAGACUUGAUCUCAGCGGCAAUGCACUUGACGGAGCCAUCCCACAUCAAAUAGGUGCACUCACCAAAAUCACUUAUCUUAAUUUGUCUUCCAACCAUCUUCGAGGUGCUGAGAAUCAAAUUCAUGGGUCCGUUCCCCCUGAAAUAGGAAAUUUAAAAAAUUUGAAAUAUCUCAAUCUUGCAUUCAACCGCCUGACUGGUCAAAUCCCUUCGACCCUUGGCAAUCUGACUGCUCUUACUUCUUUGAUCCUCUCUUCUAACCAAAUAAGUUGUUCCAUACCCCAUGAACUUUUCAAUAUACCUUUUCUAGAAUUUCUAGAUAUUUCUUCAAACCAAAUUAUAGGUUCAAUUCCUAUCCAAUUUGGGGAUGACAUUAUUAAAUCGAGUGGUACCAUUUGACUUUGGAUCUUUCCCACAAUACUCUCUCUGGCACUGUCCCCGUCUCUUCUGCGACUGGGGGACGUCGACCUGUCCUAUAAUGCUUUGGAAGGUGAACUUCCGUGUGAUCUUGUCAAUAAGUUUGGUUCAGAAAGAUUUGCCGG